UGUCUAUUCUACAAAAAUGAGCAACAACCAUCCACUCCGUCCCUACAGAACCGCUGUGGGAGAAAUUGAUCAUGUGCACAUCUUGUCUGAAAAUAUUGGUGCCUUGUUAAAUGGGGAAGAAUAUGGCGAUGUCACAUUUAUAGUGGAAAAGACGUUUCCUGCCCACAGAGUGAUUCUAGCUGCCAGAUGUAAUUUUUUUGGAGCAUUAUUAUAUGGUGGAAUGCGAGAGUCUCAGCCUGAAGCAGAAAUCCCUCUCCAAGAUACCACUGCAGAGGCAUUUACCAUGUUACUUAAAUACAUCUACACAGGACGGGCGACGCUGACAGAUGAGAAGGAGGAGGUGCUGCUGGACUUCCUAAGCCUGGCUCAUAAAUAUGGAUUCCCUGAGCUGGAAGAUUCAACUUCUGAGUAUCUCUGCACCAUACUUAACAUUCAGAAUGUCUGCAUGACUUUUGAUGUUGCUAGUCUCUACUUGCUUCCAAAGCUCACAUGUAUGUGCUGUAUGUUUAUGGACAGAAAUGCUCAGGAGGUACUUUCCAGUGAAGGUUUCCUCUCUCUUUCUAAGGCAGCACUUCUCAAUAUCGUAUUAAGAGAUUCAUUUGCAGCUCCUGAAAAGGAUAUUUUUCAAGCCUUGUUGAAUUGGUGUAAGCACAAUCCAAAAGAGGAUCAUGCUGAAAUCAUGCAAGCAGUUCGCUUACCCCUGAUGAGUCUCACAGAGCUCCUGAAUGUUGUCAGACCUUCAACAUUAUUGUCUCCUGACGCCAUCUUGGAUGCAAUUAAAGUGCGCUCAGAAAGUCGAGACAUGGAUCUCAAUUAUCGGGGCAUGCUUAUACCAGAAGAGAACAUUGCAACUAUGAAGUAUGGAGCCCAGGUAGUGAAAGGGGAGCUGAAAUCUGCCUUACUUGAUGGUGAUACACAAAAUUAUGAUUUGGAUCAUGGAUUUUCUAGGCAUCCAAUUGAUGAUGACUGCCGUUCUGGCAUUGAGAUUAAAUUAGGUCAGCCGUCAAUUAUCAAUCAUAUACGGAUACUCCUGUGGGAUCGUGAUAGCCGGUCUUAUUCUUACUACAUUGAAGUGUCCAUGGAUGAACUAGAUUGGAUCAGAGUAAUUGAUCACUCAAAAUACCUCUGUCGUUCUUGGCAAAAGCUGUAUUUUCCUGCCCGGGUCUGCAGGUAUGUUCGAAUAGUUGGGACACACAACACAGUUAACAAAGUUUUCCACCUUGUCGCUUUUGAAUGUAUGUUUACAAACAAAACCUUUACUCUUGAGAAGGGUCUGAUAGUUCCAAUGGAGAAUGUUGCAACAAUUGCAGAUUGUGCUAGUGUGAUUGAAGGUGUGAGUCGUAGUCGCAAUGCCUUGUUGAAUGGUGACACCAAGAAUUAUGAUUGGGAUUCUGGAUACACCUGCCAUCAACUAGGAAGUGGUGCCAUUGUGGUUCAGCUGGCACAACCAUAUAUGAUUGGGUCAAUACGGUUAUUACUUUGGGACUGUGAUGAUCGAAGCUACAGUUACUACAUUGAAGUUUCCACCAAUCAACAGCAGUGGACCAUGGUGGCAGACAAAACCAAACUGCCCUGCAAAUCCUGGCAAUCAAUAACUUUUGACAAACAGCCUGCAUCCUUCAUCCGAAUAGUUGGAACACACAACACAGCAAAUGAGGUAUUCCACUGUGUACACUUUGAAUGUCCAGAGCAGAGCAGCACCCCCAAGGAGGAGAACAAGGAGGAAACCACGCCCCCAACAACAACAGCAGUGGGGGCAGCAGGGGCAGGUGGAGCAGCUGCCGCAGUGGGAGCAGGAGGGGCAGCAGCAGCAGGAGCAGCAGCAGCAACAGCAACAGCAGCAGCAGGAGGAGGAGGAGAAGAAAGCCCUGGGGGGCAGCAGCUGGUCCCUUACCCACUUCGACCCUCCAGCAACAGUUCAAACCAGUCCCUCCCAGGACCCACUUCUCGAUCGCCUGUUCAACCCCAAUAAAAGAUGAAGACAACUGGAUGGAUGCAGUGACUUGGUUUGGGCCCAAAUGACACUAGGAAGUCCCUGUCCUUCUUGGGCAGGAAUUGUUAUAUGACUUUUUCCCUAUUGCUGCUGUUUCCAAAGGAGAGGAGGCCUGCCUGAAAAUAAGGAAAUAGAACAGGUUUUCUCCCAAGGACAGAAAGGGGGCUGCUUCGCUUGCCUCAAUUUGUUCAAAUCAGACUGGUCUCCAGGGGGAGAAAAUGGGUCUUCAAUCUUCAUCAAGUCCACCAUUAACACCCUACCUCUCUAAUCUAACCCAGGCAAAGGGAACGGAAGGAAAUAAUAGACAGACCCGUGUUGGAAUACAAAAAUGGCAUAUGAACACUAGACUGGGAAGAGAAUACAUUAGGCAUUUAUUACCUGGAGGCACCCUUUAGGAAAUGGGUUUUUGGUGGGAGUGUUUAUUUUUUAUGGAACACAUUGCCCUGGCAACUAAAUGA